AUGGUGCCGCACCCCAGCAAUGAGAACUGGACAUUGGAGGGCGCCGAACUACAGUACAAGCUGAGAAGAUUCUACGAUGGAGUUGGCCCGCCACCAUUGGAGGAAGUGUUCGUGUCCACGCAGAACCUGACGAGGGAGGUGCAGGACACCCUGAUGGCGGAAUGCCCCGGCCUGUUGAUCAACGCGUUCCUGGUGCUGGCAGAGUCGCAGCUGCCCAUUUCAGAGAGGCGUUCAGGCGACGCCUUCGCCAAGGCAGAUGCGCUUUCCUCCCGCCUCUCCGCAGCCGAGUUGGAGGCGGAGUCCGAAGUCUGGCCCAUCCAGGAGGCCAUCGCCAGCUUCAUGCGGGCUUCGCAGCAGAUGGAAGCCACACGCGCCGCGCUCCCGGAACAGCCAAAGGUGCACCUCGUCGUGUGCCACUGCCGGGAGUCAUUGGACUGGCUGAAUGGGCCCAGCUUCUACAUGCCCAGGGCGGGCACGGCAGCACUGGAGGUCUUCAUUUACGAGAAGUGCAACUAUGACACCGACACCUCGGAGAUCUCCGCCAGCUUCGCUGGCGUGCACCGCGUCCUCGUGGACGACGAGGGCCUACGACGCGAUGAGUGCUCCGGAUACCUGAAGCACCUCAUCGAGCACUACGACGACCCGGCAGACUACACCCUGUUUUUCCAAGCAGAUGCUGCAGACCACAUGCACUGGGGCUAUCUGUCCUUGGUCACGAAGGCCAUCGAGCAGCGCUCGCUGGCGACUCCUUUUGUCCACCUCAACUACCCACGGCUCAUCACCUCGAUGUCCCCCUGCCGAGCGGCCGUCUUUGCUCAGAUUUUCGAUCGGCCUCCGAAACAGAAACUGGGCUCCUAUUGCUGCGCGCAGUUUCUGGUUUCGCGAGAGCGCAUCCUUGCAAAUCCUUUGGAGAGGUACGAGCGAAUGCAGCGGAUGCUGUUCAGCGAUUCGCCGCCUGAGUGCCACGAUAUCCCCGGGCAUUCCACCCUGUGCCUCAUGUUCGAGGUUUAUUGGCAUGUCCUGUUCGGGGAGGAGGAUGUUCUACCCUACCGGUCGGAGAACACCGCCUUACAGUUGUUCUUGAGGAUCCGCGAUCUUGAGAACGAGUCGCAGCUGCUGCGGAAUUUAGAGCGAGCAGAUGCCGCCGGCUGA